AGCUAGCCUGCUUGCUUCGAGCCUAGCUGUCUCCGUCCGUCUAGCUCCAGCUCUCCCUCGAGGCCCGGAACGCGAGGACGACGAAGAGCAGAGCCCCAGGCAGCCACAAUGCCGUCGUCGGGGAUCACCGCGGUGGACGCGGCCGCCAAGGGGAUGAAGCUGGAGCGGUACGCCAGCGGGGGCGCGCUGCUGCUGCGCCGGGCGACCAGCGCCAAGCUCGUGUCCGCGUCGUCGCACCUGCUCUUCCGCGCCACCGUGCUGGCCACGCUCGCGCUCGUCUUCCUCUUCACGCUGCACUACCCGUCCCUCCUCUCGCGCUCCUUCCACCUCUCCGCCGGCGGCGGCGGCGGCGCCGACGACGGCGCGCGCUCCUCCGCCUCGCACCGCAGCCUGCUCAUGUCCUCGGCGUCGUACGGGGGCGCCGCGUGGGAGAAGGAGGUGCGGCGGAGCGCCAGGCCGAGCCGGGACGGGGGCAUCUCCGUGCUGGUCACCGGCGCCGCGGGCUUCGUGGGCACGCACUGCUCGCUCGCGCUGAGGGCCCGCGGCGACGGCGUCCUGGGCCUCGACAACUUCAACUCCUACUACGACCCGUCGCUGAAGCGCGCGCGCCAGGCGCUGCUGGCCAGCCGCGGCGUCCUGGUGCUCGACGCCGACAUCAACGACGCCCCGCUGCUGGAGAGGCUCUUCGACGUGGCGGCGUUCACGCACGUGCUGCACCUGGCCGCGCAGGCCGGGGUGCGGUACGCCAUGGAGGCGCCGCAGACGUACGUGGCGUCCAACGUGGCCGGGCUCGUCAGCGUCUUGGAGGUGGCGGCCAAGCACGCCGACCCGCAGCCGGCGGUCGUCUGGGCCUCGUCCUCGUCCGUGUACGGGCUCAACACCGACGCGCCCUUCUCCGAGGACCACCGCACCGACCGCCCGGCGUCGCUGUACGCGGCCACCAAGAAGGCCGGCGAGGCCAUCGCGCACGCCUACAACCACAUCUACGGGCUCUCCAUCACCGGCCUCCGCUUCUUCACCGUGUACGGGCCGUGGGGCCGCCCCGACAUGGCCUACUUCUUCUUCGCCCGCAGCAUCGUGGCCGGCGAGCCCGUCACGCUGUUCCGCGCCGCCGACGGCUCCGACGCGCGCCGCGACUUCACCUACAUCGACGACGUCGUCAAGGGCUGCCUCGGCGCGCUCGACACCGCCGGCAAGAGCACCGGCUCCAGGUCCGGCAGAAAAAGCGGGCCAGCGCCGCUCCGCGUCUACAACCUCGGCAACACCUCCCCCGUGCCCGUCACCCGGAUGGUGGCCAUCCUCGAGAAGCUGCUGGGCAGGAAGGCCAACAAGCGCGUCGUCACCAUGCCCAGCAACGGCGACGUGCCUUUCACCCACGCCAACGUCAGCCACGCCGCGCACGACUUCGGCUACCGCCCUACCACCUCCCUCGAGGCCGGCCUCCGCCACUUCGUCGACUGGUUCGUCAGCUACUAUAAGCUCGACGCCAAGAUCGCCAAGCCCGCCGCCGCCGACGACGACAAGCCCGCGAAGAAGAAGAAGAAGAACAAAGCCAUGUCGGCGUCGUCGUGAUCGUACGUUCAUCGAUCAAGCACACACGGGCACACAGAAACAGAGCACCGCCACCGCCAAGCACAGUCACCAAGUGUGUAUUCUCUAGCUAGUUCUCGGAGGCCUUUUUCUUUUCUUUUUGUCUGUAACCAUGUAUUGUUCAAGCCCUCGCUACAUACUUGCUCCUCCUCCUUAUGCUGAUAGUGCUUAGUAGGAAGGAAUAAUGAUGCAAAUAACUGUUGCAUUCAUAUUGGUACGUAGAUAUAUAAAAAAAAGAUCAAACAGAGGAGGAGUGAGGACAGAUUGAAG